AUGCCUCGAAAUUAUAAGCCAGAUCCAAGAGGCAAGCAGUAUCGAAAAUAUGAUGAGACUACAAUCAAAAAAGCUUUGGAAGAAUUCAAAACCACUCCAAACAUUUCAAUAUCAGCUAUUGCAAAAAAAUACAACAUUAACAAAUCAGUUUUAUAUCGACAUAAUAGGAAAACGAUGAAAAAGCAAGGUGGACAAAAUGCUUUAGACGAUGAUACAAAACGCCAUAUUAUACAAUAUUGA